AAAAAAUUUUUGUGAAUGACAAGAAAGUGAUAAAAAUAUUUAAAAUUCUAAAGGCAACGAUUUAUGCCUAGAAAACAUUCAAAAGACAUAUAAAAAUAAACUUUGACAAAAAUAAAUUUAAUUAAAAUUUUUCAAAAAUGUUACAAAAUUCAUAUAUUUUUAACAUUCUUAAAAAAGAAUUCGAGCAUGAUAUACAAAAGUCAUUACUAGUAUUUUGUUGUGCACUGCUUGUGGUGUCGAUCCUUCAAUAUAUAGUAAAAAAUAUUUUGGAGAUAUCAAAACUACCUCCUGGCCCAUUAGGCAUUUGGCCAUUUGGUAUAUUAAGAUUUAUAGGCCAUGAGAAGCAUAAGUCAUUGAUGAAAUUGGCAUCAACUUAUGGUCCAUUGUUCAGUUGCAAAUUAGGACAGCAGUUGUAUGUUGUGAUAAGUGAUUAUAAAAUGAUUCGUGAGAUUUUUAAAAAAGAGUCCAUGACUGGAAGGCCAAAAACACCGCUUUAUGAAGUGUUGAAUGGAGCAGGUGUGAUAAAUGCCGAAGGACUUUUAUGGAAGGAUCAGAGACGUUUCUUGCAUGAAAAGUUGAGACGAUUUGGAAUGACACAUUUCAGCAACAAUAAUAAUAAGCUACAAAAUAUGAUAACUAAUGAGAUAAGCGAUCUUUUGAGUCAUUUAAAGAACGAAACCAAAACACCACUCGAUUUAGAGCCUUAUUUUGCUGUGUCAGUUAGCAACGUUGUAUGCAGUCUUCUCAUGUCUGUUCGUUUCACUCGAGACGAUCCAAAAUUCAUCAGAUUCAAUACAAUGAUUGAAGAAGGCAUGCGAUUAUUUGGAAAGAUUCAAUUCAGUGAUUACAUACCAAUGACAAAAUAUUUGCCAACAUUUCAAGCCGCUAAAAGUCAAAUUGCCGAUAAUCGCAAAGAGAUGUUUGAAUUUUAUCGUGAAGUUAUUGAUGAGCACCGAAGGACAUUCGAUCGUAACAAUAUUCGUGAUUUAGUUGAUUUCUACUUGUUGGAGAUUGAGAUUGCAAAAGAAAGUGGCACUGAGGAUCAACUCUUUAAUGGACGUGAGCAUGAUGAGCAAAUUAUGCAAGUUAUGGGCGACUUAUUCUCAGCUGGCAUGGAAACAAUCAAGACAACACUCUUAUGGUUGAUUGUAUUUAUGUUACGUAAUCCCAAUGCCAAAAAGCAAGUUCAAGAUGAAUUAGAUAGUGUCAUCGGACGUCAACGUAUGCCAAAAUAUUCAGACUUACAGUAUUUACCUCACACCGAAAGUACAAUUUAUGAGGUAUUGAGAAUUUCUUCAAUUGUGCCGCUUGCAACGACUCACUCACCUUUAAUUGAUGAAGAAUUGAAUGGAUUUAAAAUACCGGCUGGUUCACAUGUUGUACCACUCAUUAAUAGCGUUCAUAUGGAUCCAAAAUUAUGGGACAGUCCAAAUGACUUCAAUCCAACCCGCUUCAUAAACGACGAAGGAAAAGUUCAAAAGCCUGAAUAUUUCAUUCCAUUUGGUGUUGGACGACGAAUGUGCCUCGGCGAUGUUCUCGCACGUAUGGAAUUAUUCUUAUUCUUCUCAUCGAUUAUGCAUUGUUUCGACAUUGCACUGCCAAAAGGAAGUGAAGAGCCGAGUCUUAAUGGUAAUCCAGGUGUAACAAUUCAUCCAGACAAUUUCAUGGUAUGCUUAAAAGAGCGACCAUUAGAUCCAAUUACAACAGACGAUCAAACUCCAUUGAGGCCGUUCGGAUCAAAUUAAAAAAGCACAAAUAAGCAAAGAGAAGAAAAAUCACACAAAACAUUCAUAUUUAUGAAGUUCCUAUGCUUCAGGAGCGCGGUUUUGCAUACUUUAAUCCCACAAGAAUUCAACAAGUUUUAUAAAAAUUAAUUAAUACAUUUGUUUUGUUAAGAAUUAAGUCUUUGAAGCAAAAAACCGUAUUGUAAGUCAUAAAAACAUUUACAAAUUAUUCUAAAGAUGAAAAAACGUACAAAUUUAAAAUAUUAAGACACCGCAAACCAAGUGAA